AUGAAUAUACCUAGAGCUGUAUAAGAGGUAAUAGUAUUUAUAGUGUUGUCUGUAUUGAAGUUGGCUACUUACAAAAUAGACGCAAAAGUCAAUUCAUAAAAAUUAGAAGUAAAAAUUCUUAUUAAUCCAGAGUAAAUAAAAUACUAAUAAUAUUUUCUUGCAAAACUCUAAAUUGAAAAAAAAUAUUAAGCCACUUUAAGAAGGAAUGGGAAGUAAUUUUUAUCAACCUUAGAUAGCCAAAUCUUAAAACUUAGUAAGGUUUAAUAAUUUAUAAAAAAGGUAAGAGCAAAGGAAGUAUGUAUACCCAAAAAUCAAUACAGUAAUAAGUGUUUAAAAAUUUUAUAAAAACUAGCAAUUGAUUUAAUAUUCUUCAAAUUUCCAUUUCGUCUAAAUUUGUGGAUAUUGGAAAUCAAAAUAAAUUUCAAUAAAUUAAUCUAUUUAAAACUUAUUGAUUAUUGGAGUUAAUGA